CUGCAGACAGCUGGGUGAGCCCUCGCGGGCGACCUCCACCCCCUAGCUAGCUGGACCCCACUCGGUGCAGUUCUGCCCGGAGCAGCUGCGCACCGCCGAGCCCUUCCGAGUCCCGGCCCCUCGUCGUGCAGCUCCGCCCCUGCAGCUCCGCCCCGCUCGCCGCCGCCCUUCGCGUCUCUGUUUAGUCGUCAGUCUGUCUGACCUUCGGCGGAGCGACUCGGGCGACCCGCAUUCCGGCCGGGAUGGCGGCGCCUGUCACGCGGCAGGUCCGCGGAGGCGCGGUCCCGGGCCCGCGCCCGCCUCCUGUCGCUGUCGGCCCCGAGGGGCUGCCCCUGGCGGCGGGGGUGGCCGAGCUUCCGCUGCUGGACGCGCGCGGGCGGCGGGUGCAGUUCGGGGCGCUGUUCCGGGAGCGUCGCGCCGUGGUGGUGCUCGUGCGGCAUUUCCUCUGCUACGUCUGCAAGGAGUACGUGGAAGACCUGGCCAAGAUCCCCAAGAGCUUCUUAGAGGAAGCAGACAUCACCCUUAUAGUGAUUGGACAAUCAUCCUACCAUCAUAUUGAGCCAUUCUGCAAACUGACUGGAUAUUCCCAUGAAAUCUAUGUUGAUCCUGAGAGAGAAAUUUAUAAAAGACUGGGAAUGAAAAGAGGUGAAGAAAUUGCCUCUUCGGGACAGAGUCCCCAUGUCAAGUCGAACCUCCUCUCAGGAAGUCUGCAGAGCCUGUGGCGGGCAGUGACUGGCCCUCUCUUUGAUUUCCAAGGAGACCCAGCUCAGCAAGGUGGAACUCUCAUUUUGGGUCCAGGGAGAUUCAUGAUGAACUAGUAACCUGCAAAUGUUUGUUCAUGUUGCCAUCUACCAUGGGAGCCAAAGUGAUUAACAAUGACCACAGGAAACUGGAAGACACUUUCUAAACAGGCAACAUCAUGUGCUUCAGAAUUAAUAGUUGUUUUAAAGCCAGGCAUGGUGGCACACAGCUGUGAUCCCAGCACUCAGGAGGCUGAGACAAGAGGAUCACCUUGAGUUCAAGGCCAGCCUGGACUACAUACCAAGACACUGUCUCAAAGAAACCAAAACAACAACAAAAAAAAGAAUUAAGAGUUGUUUGAAGAAGAGCGUUCCAGGGCUGGGGGUGGACCUCAGUGAUACCAUGCUUGCCUAGCUUGUGCAAGACCUUAGCAUCGCCAAAAGGAAGAUGAAUGUUCCAGAAGAUAGAUGAUUUAAGAUAUUUAGUUGCGAGCCGGGGAUUUAGCUCAGUGGUUUUGCCGCCUGCUGCGCAAGUGUAAGGACCCGAGUUCGAUCACCAAUACCAAAAAAAAAGAUAUUUAGUUGCCAAAAAAAAAAAGAUCUUUAGUUGUAGACAGUAUACAUACACAUUCUACAAAGAAUGAUUUUUUUAUUUAAAGAGCUUUUAAAUUAAUUCCAUUCAUUUUGAAUUUCAAUUUUUCUUACACAUUUAAAACAAAAUAGUAGCUAUUCCUGUACUAGCUUUGUUAGCAAAAAACUUUGGAGACAAGGGAUGCCAGUUUUAUGUCAGGAAUUAUCCGGAGAUACUUAGAUAUUUUUCUACUUAGAAAACCAGAUAAAUUCAUUCCUAACAGAGAGCUAACAAUCCCUCUUUUUCCAUCCAGUUUACAAAGUCUAAACAAAACCUUUGGAACUUCAUUCCUUCAGAAGUGAAACAUUAGGCCCCACCUGGAGGCCCAUACAUGCAACCUUGCUACUCACUGUAAGAAACCUUACAGCUGGGCAUAGUGGUGCACGGUUGUAGUCCCAGCACUCAGGAGCCUGAGACAGGAGGAUCACCAUGAGUUUGAGGUCAGCCUGAACU